UGUAGAAGGGUGACUAUUGCCAGCGGGCACACUAUAUUCGAAAGCAAAGCAGAGUCCAAUAGGCACCAUGGCGUUUGACGACAAGUACGAAACUUUCGCCUUGGGAGACUGGUCCUUGCAAAGCGGGGAAACUAUCCCGAACGCUCACAUUGCGUUCAAGACCUUUGGACACCCAAGCUCUCCAGCUAUUGUCUUUCCAACUUGGUACUCAGCACUGAUAUCUCAUAAUUUCUGGCUGAUCGGAGACGACAAACAUCUUAAUCCAAACAAGUAUUUCAUCAUCAUCCCGGCACUGUUUGGCAAUGGCCAGUCGUCUUCUCCUUCAAAUACCCAUAUCAGACCAUUUCCACGCGUCUCCUUUUAUGACAAUGUCAGAGCGCAGUAUGAGCUUGUCACAAAGCACUUUAAGAUCCAGCAUAUUCGCGCUGUCAUAGGCUGGUCAAUGGGUGCCGGCCAGUCAUUCCAGUGGGCCGCUCAAUAUCCCGAUUUUGUGGACUUGAUUGUUCCUUUUUGUGGCUCUGCGAAGACUUCUUUGCACAAUAAAAUCUUCCUUGAAGGGAUUAAAAGCGCCCUGCUUUCCGCAAAGAGAUUCAAGUCUUCGCUGUCCGAAGCAGGUGGAGUCGCGGUGGAUGGAGGACCAUACCGUCAGUGGACACCGGAUGAGCGGGAAGCAGGGUUAAAGGCCUUCGCUAGAGUAUAUGCUGGAUGGGGCUUCAGCCAAGCGUUCUAUCGCGAAAGACUCUAUGAGAAGGAUUUAGGAUAUAAAAGUCUCGAAGACUUCAUGGUAAACUUCUGGGAAGGCCACUUUGCGCCCAAAGACCCCGAUGAUCUCCUGGCUAUGCUUCAGACAUGGCAAGACGGGGAUAUCUCCCAGCAAUCUCCAUACAAUGGGAAUUUUGAGCUGGCCCUCAAGGGAAUCAAAGCCAAAGCCUUGGUCUUACCGGGAAAGACCGACUUAUAUUUCCCGCCAGAAGAUUCAGAGUAUGAAGUUGCAAACAUGCUUCCAGGCAUUGGUAAACUGGAUGUCUUCCCGUCCAUUUGGGGCCACUGGGCAGGAGGUCCUGGAGAUAGUAAGGAUGAUGUUAAAUGGCUGAACGAUAAAAUGGCCAAAUUCUUCAGUGAAGUUCCUAUUGGCGGAACCUAGAUAUUGCCGCUUCCAGGGUGAGAUCAACAACAAAGGGAC